AAUAGGAAAUUGAGUAGUGUCAUUUGGAGAGGAUUAUUGCCUUAGACAUGGACACUAGUCUAUAAAUAAUGUCUAGCCUAAACAUCAACCAAACCACUCCCACAUCAAACAAACCACUCCCAUAUUAAACAUUGCUGGUGAAACAAUGGCGUCUUCAGCUCUGACAGGUAAGCUUGAGGCAGAUGUAGAGAUUAAGGCUUCUCCUGAGCAGUUCCAUGAAAUGUUUGCCCACAAACCGCACCAUGUGCACCAUACUUGCUAUGACAAGAUUCAAGGAUGCGAUUUACAUGAAGGUGAAUGGGGGAAAGUCGGUACCAUUGUCCAUUGGAGUUAUGUGCAUGAUGGAAAGGCUAAAAAGGCAAAGGAAGUAGUGGAAGCGAUAGACCCCGACAAGAAUUUGGUCACUUUCAGAGUGAUCGGAGGAGAUCUAAUGGAAGAGUAUAAGAGCUUUGUAAUCACGAUUCAAGUUUCGCCCAAGAGCGAGGGUAGUGGCAGCGUAGUGCACUGGACUUUGGAAUACGAGAAGCUGCACGAUGGGAUUGCGCAUCCCGAGACUCUGCUGCAAUUCGUUCAAGAUGUCUCUAAAGACAUUGACGCCCACCUCACCCAAGCAAGCUAAACAGUAUCACAUGUUGCUAUUGUUGCCGCUACUUGAAGCACUAUUCAUCUAUUUAAUGAAUAAAGUGACAACUUCCUUUCUUAUGUAUUUUGAUCUGAAUAUGUAUGUUUAGAUCAAUAUGCAGUCAAGGGGAGGGAGCUUUGUAUUUUCUUGCAUGUUUGUCUUUUUAAUUAUGUAUGAAUUCAAUGUGUCCUACGCUCUUAUUUGUGUUCUAAUGAAUAUAUGUAAGUAUGAUAUCGUAA